UGGACAUAUAUUUUUUAAAUCAUGACAAUACAGAUAAUUACUUACUUGGAUCAAGGACAGAGCUUGUCAUUUUAAUUGUCUACAUAAAUAUAUUAAGAAAUCAAUGAGUCGAAAAGCUAUAAAAAUGAAACAAUUUUUUUCAGAUUCCUAUAAAAGCUAAAUGUGUAAAUGUGCUAACUUUGUGAUAAUGUCAAGUCAAUGGAUGCGAGACAUUUUCAUGCAAAAUUGUCGCUCCCAUUUCAUGGACAACAAAGAGCGGCUAGAAACCGCGCAAGCAGGCAGCCAACGAUUUUUCUAUUUAAUCAGCAGGAACCACCUAUUCUGACUCGAGUACCGAUUUACAUGAAAGACCUAAAUAUAAAUCGUUCCAGGAUGAAGUUAAGGUCAUCUUCUUCCCGAGAGGUGAAGAUUUCUCAAAAUUUCGAUUCUCAAGGCGGGGAUGAAUCAGCAGUCGACAAUAUGAACCCGACGUCGAAAGCUUUACGGAAUCCGUUAAUUCUGGACCUCAUCCUCGCCCAUCUAUCCGACCUGACCGACUUGAAGAGGGCUCGUCUCGUGUGUCGAAAUUGGGCCGAGGUCGGCGCCAGUUUGCUAGGAAAGCGGACCGCUCUCAACGUCAACAAGCUAAUCCGCUACGAUGAAGGUUCAAAAAUGUAUUUGGUGACCCCCGUGGCUGCAAAUCUGAUGCGGCGUAUCUCCAUGUUGGAUAAAUGCGACCCUUCCGUCCCCCAUAAUAAGGUGGCCAACGUCAUCACCAAAGUUUUCGCCGAGCUCGGGCAAUGUACUCGCGAAAUCCACUGCGAAGUCACAUAUAUUAAGUUCGUGACCGCUUUUUUCAACGGGUUGAGGAAGCUCAAAAAAUCCAAGACGAAUAUCCAACACAUUUCUGUAACCGUUUGGGUGAUAGCGUUAAGUCUUGGGAAAGAGGGGUAUCCGACGUUCACGAAUAAACUACCCGUUCAAACUAACUUGACGUCAAUCGAGUUCCAACUUUACGACCGGAUUGGGGGAGGGAGCUAUGCAUUUAAGCCCCUCCUUCAAAUCUUGCUGGACUCGGCACCUAAUUUGACAUCUUUAAAAGUCUGCUGGCCUUUUUACCCGAAUUUGCAGGGUUGCAAAAAUCUCAAAGUUUUCAAGUUUGACUUGGUAUGGUGCGCUGCUUUCAAUGUUCCAGACAAGGUCGCUGCGAUCGGGAUACUGGCGCAGGUUAAGGAUACCCUGAUCGAUUUGGAAUUAGGGUCGAUCGCUGAUGACACAGUUGACCUGCCACAGAGCCAGACUUUGGACGUUCCCGUGAUGUCGAAAGUUGUCUCUGUCACCAUCAGUCCAGCCGCAAUGGAUUCAUUUUAAGACUUGCUUAACGAGGAUCACCUCCCAGCACUGAAGAGCCUAUUUCUCAGCGUCAACGGUCGCCCAGAGGCAUUGAUUUGGCCACGCCAUCUAAAUCUGUGGAAACGACAUCGAGGAGUGAAAUCUCUCAGGAUAGAGCUGCUUCAAAGCUGGAUGAUGGAAAUGGAAGCACACGCAAUCGGGGGACAGAUUGUCCGGCUAUUUCCCUCCGUUAAGAAAUUUGAGCUAAUUUUGUGCCUAUUGCUCAAAAGGAACAUGUCCAUCCAGGAAAUAAACGAGAUGUUGACGCCGUACCAAAACUUGGAUCUGGAAGAGGCCAGCGUUCGUUGUGACAAUGUUAGUGCAUCCUCCGUGAUGGUCGCAGUCCUGGAAAACGCGGCGAGUUGGAAAGGCGUUAAAAAUGUCCACUUCCGGCACGCUUGCAUCAUGCAGGACGACUUUUCUGCAUCCAUUCAAAAUCUUAUCUUACACAGCAAGGGAUUUAAAAGUGUGAAAAUCUGCGGCAAUGCGCUGCCGGAAAUUCUGGAAGUGGUACAACCGAUCCUUGAAGAAAGUGGUGCUCCAAUUCAUGUCACGGGAGGGGUGGUGCUGAAUCAAGUUAGAUAUUAGGAAAGGAUAGAAAUUAAUGCGUAGUUUUAGAUUUUCAACGCUUAAUGGGUCAAUUUUCGUCACAACAGUGUGUAUGUAACCGACACAAAUUUGUUUUCUAAAUGUUUAAUAAAUUUUGUAAUAAUAAUUUAACGUCUUUGUCCUACUACACAUUGCUUAUUUGAUUUUAAGAGUUAUUUAUUAGAUAUGUUUCCUUAGAUCUAACGGGUUUUUGGUGUGUCUCAGUGAAUAAAUUAUUAUUAUAAAAAAUUUGGCUUCGCAGGUAUCUUCAUCCGUUUUUGAGUAAUAAGUUUCAAAAGUAGUAGGGAAAAUGUUACCAAAUUAAAUGAACACACUUUAAUACCUCUGGCUUGAACCCAAGGUUGGCACGAGUUUAGAUGAACACAUUCGUAAAUUACAUAAACCCAAUGUUCGAUAACAAAGGUGUUGCAAAUAUUUAUACAAAAAAACAAAUCAUUCAUAAGUAUUUAAGUACAUAAAAUUCCGUCAUGGAAAACCAAUAUGUCAAAUUAAACGAUAUUAUGAAUUAUAUUUAAUUUAUGAUCAACAUAUGCUACAUGAUUAAUAAUUUUUCUAGGAAAUUAACAUUGUUUUUUUUCUCCACAAUAUUAUGACCUUCAACCUUUUUAUACAUACAUACAUCCAAAACUAAAUCUAAUGCACCAAAUUCUGAGAAACUAACUUUAUUGUAUUUCAUACAAUAAUAAUAUCCGUUUGUAAUCCAAUCCACCCCAAAAACUAAUUGCCUGUCAUGAAUUUAUGUGCGGUUAUUGCCACUAACAAAAACAGACCUCAAUAAAUCCAUACAAAAUUCAAAUCCCUUUCCUAAUAUAAAGCGAAUUCUGUCCGGUAUCUCUUCAAUUCGCAAAAAUGUCUCUCCUUAAUCUCACCUUGAUUCUCAUUCUUGCCUCCCAGCAGGCGUCGGCCCAAAAAUGGAACAAAGCCGACCUCACGAACUACUGGUCGUACCCGCCAUGCUGUGACGACCCGAAUUAUCCUGACCAGAGCGAAUGCAAGGAUUACAGCGGGUGCAAGUAUCGAGGACAAUUUGCCUUCGUUUCCGGGACAAAAUCAGAGUCCUGGGUCAAGGAUAACAACAUUAUCGCCAUUCACCACAAAGACUCGAAAAAGUAUAAGUUGAAAACUUUCGAACUACGGGCGGACGGUAAAACGAUCAAAGCGAAGGUUUAUGACGAAUGCAACGAUAAAGAUUGUAACAAUUGUUGCACAAAGAAUUCGAAAAAGACGAAAUUUCUCAUUGAUAUUGAACAUAAUACGAUGGAGCGUUUUGGUGGUAAGGGGGACGGUAUUGUGGAGUGGAGAUGUGUCGAUUGUUAAGUGUAAUGAUUUAUUAUAAACUUAUUUAAUUUGAUAUAAAAUUUGUUGUGUAGUGAAAAGCCACAUAAAAUGCCAUUAAAACUUUGGGUAACAAAAACA